CGUAAUAUGACACUCCUGCUGUCAGGUUGUUUAGCAUCAGGUUCGGUGUUUUGUUCACGUUUAUCCCUUUGACGACAUCCGUGCCAUUGGUUCUCACUUCCACCCUAUAUCCUUGCAAUUCUCCAUUUAAUCCGUAGGCUGGAGAUCUCCAUUUGAGAAACACCGUGGUAGAGUUGAGUAGCAAGGCUUCCAUAUGUGAGGGCGGUUCCCGAGGAACUGAAAAUUAAACGUUCCCCCCACGUGAUGGUCACGCUUCCUUCAGAUUGGUUGAGGGCAUGUGGUCUACCAGGCGCACCAGGUAACAUAGCUGCUUCUGGAGCUUUGAAGAAGUUGAUGUUUGGAUUCUUGGGAUUCGCCACCAAAAGGUACCCAGUCCAUACAGCUUUUCCGAACCGGGAAGAGGCAACGCAAGUGUAUGGUCCGGAAUCAUCUUCCUGCAGGUCUGUUAUGAUGAUUUUGUUUGGGACGGACAUGUUCAGACGGGAAGAUGACAUCACUGGAACACCUAAGGAAGACAUUGUGAUAUUCAGAUAAAACAACAACAAGUAUAAUAACAUAAAAAAUCGUCUAAUAAUAAAAUAUUAACUCACUUGGUAUGCAAAAAAAUGG